AUGAAAGCGCUUUGGAUUCUUUUCGCCUCAAUUGCUGUUGCAAAUGCCGACGAUAAUUCGACCACAAUAACCGCCACGCCGUUGUGCAUCGAAUAUGCUGACUGUGUGCACAAGGCUCAGCAAAAAGCCGCUGAGUGCCAUCUGCUCGAAAAUAAUACGGAGGCAACAAACGGCAGGAAGGGCCAGUGCACGGAGGCGAAGAGAAUCCAUCACGAGAUUCGCGCAAUUCACGAUAAGCUCGCCGAUGAGAUCGAGACGUGUGUUCGAAAGAAUGCCGAAGACGCCUUGGGACUCAGCGCGAAAAAGAACGAACGAUGCCAGUCAAUACUUAAGAAGAACGCGAAACGAGCCGCGAUUGAACCCCAAAAACGAAAAUCGAAAAAUGAGAAAAAUAGUUUGAAAUUGGCUGCAAAGACAUGUAACAAGGAAGCCAGGCGUCUGAAAACCCAAUGUGCUAGGCUUGCAAAAUGUUGCUCGGUGGCGAGAGUAUGUCAUCGAAACGAAGAUAAAACUGAUUUAGAAGCCAAGAAAAAAGUGUUGAAGGAAGCCACUAGCGAGUGUGCAAACAACGGAAAAAAAGGUAAAAAAGGGCGUCGUCUUGGGGAAGAAAAAGAGAGAGAAGGAAAGAAAACGAAAGGUGAUAAUAAACGAGGAGCCAUAACAAGAAGCCUCGAAAAAGCUUCGAAGAAAAAGAAAGAAACACCGAUUGGAGGGAAGAAGCUUAUCGCCCAACUUGCCGAUAUGCCCUAA